AAACAAAAACAACGACAACUUCACACACAGCUGACGCGUAAACUAAGAUUCAACGUCUGCGCUCUGCAGCCACCAUACAAUAGAUCCUUCAUUCUUUCUCUGCAACGAUCAAACAACAAAAAACACUGCACCUCUUCUUCUGGAUUUGGUGAAGAAGAAGAAGAAGAAGAAGAAGAAAGUGUGAUUUGAUGAUUAUGAAUUGAAGUGUGAGAGGUGAAGAGAUGAACGUGAGCCAUGCUUCGGUUCACCCAGUUGAAGAAGCUCCAACUACUGAAGGUGGUGGUGACCAAAUCGUCAACGCUCCUAGGGUGAGGAUGAAGGAUGUUCAAGGCAUGCCUGGCACUGCCGGUGGCCUUUCUCUGCGUGUUUCUCAGUUUGUUUUCGCUGCUGCUGCACUCUCCAUCAUGGCAUCCACUAGCGAUUUCCCUUCUGUCACUGCUUUUUGUUACCUUGUUGCUGCUGCCGGCUUGCAGGCUUUGUGGAGCUUUUCAUUGGCUAUUACUGAUGUGUAUGCCCUUUUAGUAAGGCGUUCUUUGCAGAACUAUCGAAUUGUCAGUUUGUUUACAGUUGGUGACGGGGUCACUUCUACCCUUACAUUUGCAGCAGCAUGUGCAUCAGCAGGCAUCACAGUCCUCAUUGAUAAUGAUCUUGGAAGUUGUUCACAGAACCACUGUGUGCAGUUUGAAACAGCUACAGGCAUGGCCUUCCUUUGUUGGUUCACCACAGUGCCAUCUUUUCUCCUGAACUUCUGGUCCUUAGCAUCACGGUAAUUAAAAACAGUAACACGCAGAAAACUUGGACAGAUUGUAAAGUCAAUGUUGGUGUCAGGGGUUUUUGACUGUUCUGUUUUGCAACUGUCAGUUUUUUUAAGCUUCAUGUCAUGUGGUAGCACCAAAUGGUUGUUGCAUUUACUCUCUUCCAUCAAACAUUCAAACCAGAAAUUGGCUCAGUGAGUCAUAUUUGGAAGUGGAGUGAGUAAACAGGACUAUGUGAUUAGUGCAUACAAUGUAGUAGUAAUGUGCAUGGUGUAAAGAAACAGAUUUGAUAUGAACUUGGUGGGGUUUCUGUAUGCGGAAAUGUUGUGUAGUCAGACAGUAACACAGUUUUGUUCUGUUAAAUGAUUUUUUCUUUAGUUAUUAUUCA